AUGCCAAGCACAUGCCAAAGGCUGUUCCUUUCCUUCUGUCAGAGCAGAGCCAGCGCCCUUCCCUUCCCUCCCCUUCCCUCGGACUCUUCGACCGGCUUCACCAAAGCAUUCCCUCCCCCAAAAUCACCCAAAGCCCUCUCCGGCCCGCUCUCCUCUUCAGCUGCUACCAAAUCCAUCGCCGCCGCCGCCUCCGCGGAAAUGCUGCUCCCGCUCCGUCGCCUCUCCGGCCACCUCCGCCGCGCCGCCUCCGCCUCCGCGCUGCUCCCGCCCCGUGGCCUGCACGGCCACCUCCGUCGCCCCCUCUCCGCCGCCUCGCCCCCUCCCUGGGCGAUGAUCUACCGCAUAUCGGUCACGCCGAACACCACCCGAGACGCGUCCUUCUGGCUCGCGCCGCCGCCGUCAGCCACUCUCUUCUCCCUCCCCGAGCGGGUGUUCAGCAGCAUGGAGCACCCCCGCGCCGGCGGGUACACCGACAACUACGCCAGCGUCGUCUUCGCCUCGAGCGGCGACGGCCUCCUCCUCCUCAAAGCUACCUGGCAUCGCUUCAGCGCUCACGCCAGCCUGGACAGCCCAAGGCCAAGGGAAGUGCUCGCCAAGGAGGAGCACGUGCUCUACGUGUGCAACCCCGUUACCGGUCAGCUGGUCCGCCUCCCGCCCUCCUGGGGCACGAAGCAUUUGACAACGGCCACGGGGCUCCUCACCCAAGCCGACCGUGGGCGCGGGCCGCCUAAGAGGUACGCCGCCGCCGAGCUCAUCGAGGCGCUCAAGGACGACGUGGUGCACUUCGUGUUGUGUCGGUUCCGCUCCGAGACUGGAAAGUGGGACGUCAAGGAGCGGCUGUCCCCGCUGCCGCCUGGGCGACUGAUGCGCAUGAGGAAUCACGAAGUGCUGGCUUUCGCAGGCCGUCUGUGGUGGGUGGACGUGAGCUGGGGCGCCGUCUCCGCCGACCCGUUCAAGGACGAGCCUCAGCUCGGCCAUGUCAAGCUGCCGGAAGGCAGCGAGCUUCCUGACCAAGACGCCAAUGAGGGGUUAGAGCUUACCAAGCACAGACGCAUGGGGGUCAGCGACGGCAGACUGCUAUAUGUGGAGGUUUCAGAGGAGGAGCCAUUUCAGAUCAAGUCGUUCGUGCUGGAUGGUGAGAGCGGCCCCUGGGCGCUGCAGCACCAGGUGUCUCUUGACACGCUGUGGCCCAAUGGUGGGGAUGGUACCAAGGAGAGGCCUUUGGUUGUGGCCAUUGAUCCCCUCAACACUGACCUGCUGUACCUCAACAUGGGCAGUGAAGAAAUUGUUAGCGUCGACUUGCGCAGGAACAGGGUCAUUGGUGCGUAUUCUGUGUUGAGCAGUGACAUUCCUACAAGAUGCCGCUUGGCAAAUAUCUUCCUGCCAUGCGUGCUUCCUUCAUUCCUCGGAUCAAGCCUGAUUCCAGGCAAGCGGAAAACUAUAGCGGAUACUCUGGUUCGUGUAGACAGUUGCAAGAAAUGAAGGUUGCCUAGAACUAACAAAUGUACUUGCUCUAGUGAUUUCUGAAGCUGAUGGCAGUAGUUUGCUCAACUCUCGUUUUGUCGAAAAUCUGGAGGUCUCUGGGUGUUUUUAGAGUUGGUCCCGUUUUGGGGAUAAACUUGAGAAGUUUGGCCUUGUUGUAGUUUGCUGAUGAACCAUCUCCUUCCGGGGAAAAUAUGGGAGUUGUUCUGCGCUUCCAGUCAAGCUGGAACAUUUCAGUAGAUUUACUCAAUUAGAUCA